AUGAGCUGGUGCGACCCCCCCCCCCCCUUCAGAUCAGGUCGCUCCUCUGCUGCCCUGCUGACGGUUGUUCAGCGUGUCGUGGUCGUGGUCGUGGUCGUGGUUCUUGAGGGUCUCUUUGAUCCAGAAGAAGAGUUUGGGGUUAAAGGUCAUUUGGAUCCAAACUGUAAAACUGUAAGAAUAUCACAGACACCCUGAGAAUUGUGGGUAGUUGGCGUCCCUCUCCUGUGGAUGGCGGUGAAGAGCGUCAUUGUUCCUGAGCGCCGUGGGCAGAUGUUCCUCCUCCUCUUCAUCAGAAUCGAACCUCAGACCUCUUACAGAUUCAUGACUCCGGUCCGUUAUUGUUCACGCCGAGAUCCCGAGUCUCAUGAAUCGCCAAUGAAACGCCGUGAAGAAGAAGAGGGCGUGACGACCUCCACGGAGCUCCGAGCGUGAAAACCAUCUGUCGGCUCUCGGCCUGAAAAGGAUCAUGGGAGUUUGAUGGAGAGAGGAGAAAAGAUCUGAUGGUCUUUAGAAAGAGUUUCACAUCUGCUCCUUUCACUCCACUCUCCAUCAGCACACUCAAUUAAACUCCCAUAAUCCUUUUAGACAAACACAACAGCUCCUCCAACGCCACGCCUGCCACCGCCGCCGCCGCCACCGCAGAAGAAGAAGAAGAAGAAGAGGAGGAGGAGGAGAAGGAGGAGGAGAUGAAGCCUUCGGUGGAGUCAGUUUGUCAAAGAUCCACAGAAUUAAAAUAUCAGAAAAAUCAAAAAUAA